AUACUCAAGUGAAGUGGAUGUUCAAAAGUUUUUCACAACCCAUGGAUAAGGAUCUCGUGCCAGAGGAAAGCGCUGGUGGCGACGAUCAGGCUUUUGAAAAGAACGAAGAAAACAUAGCGACGCUCUCGGAAGUGUCUGACGGCACGGGCUCUGUCAAAGUCAAAGCAUUACAGAAGCCAUACACACAGGCACAAUUAAAAUCACAGGAGACAUAUAUAUUGGAUACAGUGAGCGGCAGUAUUUACGUUUGGCUCGGAAAGCAGGCUUCACACAAGGUAAGGAAACUGUUUAAUCUAACUCGUAAGAACUCUUCCUUUUCCUUCCCAACAAAACUCCGAUUUAAAACCAGGAUCCCCCACGCCAUCAGCUACUACUAA